AUGUCGCGUCUCAGUCGCACCAACAAUUCUCACGGACUCGCUUAUGACCUAAAUGAUAGAAGCAUCGGUAUCAUACCUGAUCUAUUUCGAUCGACAUACAGAUCUGGGGUCAAGAUAUGUUCUGCCAUUGCCGAAUGUCUCAGCACCGGAGAUGUUGCAGAGCCAAUACCAAAGCCAAAUAAAGAACCCAGAACUGUGAAAACAUCUGUUUAUCGCCAGCCAGACGAUUUUAAGCCUUCGGAGAUGCCGGGUACUUGGAAGCAAAGCGUGGAGAGCUUGACCGCCGCACUGGGCGCUCUGGACAUGGGUGCUGGUGGAGACAAGGACGCACUGCAUGAUAGAGGGGAUGCGGAUGACAUGGCUGGGAAUAAUAGAGGAAAAAAAGCUGUCGAGGUCGCUUUAGGUUCCGGUACAGCUGAGAAGUGUAGAUUUGCGGAGGCAACAGCCAAGAAUUGGGCGAGCCUGUGUGAUGCUGCGAAUCAGCCAGCAUCUGAGUAUCUAGAGGGAUCCAAUUUUGAGUUUUACCCAUUCAAGCGAUUGCCGCCAGAGAUCCGACUUAAGAUCUGGAGAUUUGCUGCCACUCACCAACGCAUUAUCGCAUUUGAACUUUUCGACGAUGGAUUGGAUUUCCACUCAAGAUUGGUAAUAAAAGGUCGAUCUCAAAUCCCUCCUUUACUCCACGUUAAUCGAGAAGCGUACGGUGAGUGUAGAAAGCUGUAUCUGAAAAGAAAAGGCUGCUUCGUCCCUCCUCACCUGUACAAUCCAAGCACAGAUAUCGUAUACUUCGGUGGCAGAACUCACUGCUCACAAGCCUUCUCAGCAGCUUUCUGGGGCAAAGAAGAUUUUCAGGAUGACGAUCAAGACAACGGUUUUAUUGAUUGUUUCAGAACAUGUGCCGUUCCGCGGGUGGCAAUUGAUCUCAGCAUCCCACUAGCCGAUUGCUGCCGUGGCGAAUCUGACGAAUCCAGAGUCUCUCAAACAAUGAGAGGCCUUCACGGAUACAUGAAUCAGCCGAAGGGUGAGAAUCUCAAUAAACGUAGUCUGUACUGCAGAGGUUUGAAAGAAGUUCUGCUCGUGAUGGAGAGCAGACCAUUUACAAUGACUCAUUCACGUAUCAACCCCGCAACCUCUUUCCACCCCGCGAGCACUAUUGGCAUCAACGAAUCCCAAGCUGCUCUGCGAAAGGAAUUCGAAGAAGAGAUUGCAAAGAUCCAGGAUGAAAAGCCUUCUCUGUGGGGACCAAACGCUUGGAUUGGCGACGACAAGCCGACUUUCACAUUUGUCAACUUGGCACGAGAUAAAGCCGGCGAAGCCUUCGAGAGCCUGCCUGCAUUGAGAUCUGAGGUCAACGAGUUGAAGGUACACCAUUCUUCUUUUAUCAAUGAACUUCGACAAAGCACUGGAUGCAAGAUUAUCAUCCCGCACCAGGUUGACGAUGAUGAGGCUCCCAUGGAGAUUGGUAUCAAGGGAACGAAGGAGGGUGUCGAGGUAUGCCGUAGGAAGAUCCAAGCUAUGAUCGACCUACAUCUUUGA